UGAAAUGGGAAACAAUUGCUUUGGGUGGAGAGUCUGGAACGAUGAUGAUGAACUAUUUCCCUCUGCUUUUCCAGGUUCAUUUUGGUGGUCACAGCCAAUGAGGGGAAUGAAAAUUUCCUCUGCACCUUCACAUGUGAGUGAAAAUCCAAACACAAAUGCUGCAGAAACUGUUCAACAGAAUGCACCAGACACAGUUCAACCCAGUAAACAGGACAAAGAUACUAGUAAGCCUUCUGAGCAAGAGCAACAAAUAAGGUUGAAGGAAGAGGAAACAAGGCCAACACCAACAACGAGACAAAGGGAUGUUUUUGUUAAGAGGGUAGGAGUAGUAGCAAGUGCUGGACUUCAAGCUGAUUCAGUUUUGCUGAGAAAAACUUGUCAUCUGAAAGAGCACUAUAAUUUGGGACCUGAGAUUGGGAAUGGACAAUAUGGAACAACUUUCCGUUGCUUGGAGAAAGCUACCGGGAAAAACUACGCGUGCAAGUCCAUUCCCAAGGUAAAAUUGCUAACACGUGAUGAUGUUAAGGAUGUGAGGAAGGAGAUUCAGAUAAUGCACCACUUAGCGGGGAUGAGUCCCAAUUUGAUAUCUAUUAAAGGGGCUUAUGAAGAUGCUGUUGCAGUUCAUCUUGUCAUGGAAUUAUGUGAAGGGGGUGAGCUGUUUGAUAGGAUUAUUGAAAAGGGGCAUUACGCAGAAAGAAAGGCUGCAAAACUUGCAAGGACUAUAGUUAGUGUUGUAGAUAAUUGCCACUCUCUUGGAGUAAUGCAUCGUGAUCUUAAGCCUGAGAAUUUUCUUUUUGUUGAUGGACAUGAAGAUUCCACCCUUAAGGCAAUAGAUUUUGGGAUGUCAGUUUUCUUCAAACCAGGAGAUAUUUUUAGUGACGUGGUAGGAAGUCCUUGUUAUAUUGCACCUGAAGUUCUACGCAGGCGUUAUGGUCCAGAAGCUGAUGUCUGGAGUACAGGUGUAAUCAUAUACAUUCUCUUAUGCGGAACACUUCCAUUUUGGGGUGAAUCGGAGCAAGAGAUAUUUGAGGAGAUUUUGCAUGGUUAUCUUGAUUUCUCUUCAGAUCCUUGGCCCAAUAUCUCUGAAAGUGCAAAAGACUUGGUUAGGAAGAUGCUUGUUAGAGAUCCUAAAAAACGGAUUACAGCACAAGAAGUUCUUCGCCAUCCUUGGAUUCAGGCUUAUGGAGUUGCUCAAGACAAGCCUCUUGAUUCUGUAGUUUUGAGUCACCUGAAGCAAUUCUCUGCAAUGAACAAGCUUAAGAAAAUGGUUCUUAGAGUUAUUGCAGCAAAUCUCUCUAAAGAAGAAAUUUUUGGUUUGAAAGAAAUGUUUAAGAUGAUAGACACAGACAAUAGUAGUCAAAUUACCUUUGAAAAACUCAAGGUUGGACUGAAAACAUUUGGUGCUACUCUCAGUGAAUCCGAAAUUUUCGAUCUAAUGCAAGCUGCAGAUGUUGAUAAUAAUGGCACAGUUGACUAUGAAGAAUUCAUGGCAGCGACGUUGCAUUUAAACAAACUUUAUAGGGAAGAUCAUUUAGCUGCAGCUUUCUCAUAUUUUGAUAAAUAUGGAAGUGGCUACAUCACUCAAGAUGAGCUUCAAAAAGCUUGUGCAGAAUUCGGCAUGGAGGAUGUUCUCUUGGAGGAAUUGAUCCGAGAAGCUGAUCAGAAUAAUGAUGGCCGAAUAGACUACAAUGAAUUUGUGGCUAUGAUGCAGAGAGGCAAUGCAGAUUUAGGUAGUAGUAAGCAUGGUGUAAAGGGUAGCACUAGCACUAGUUUUAGCAUUGGAUUUAGUGAGGCAGUGGAACUAUCAGUAUGUUAAGAAAAAUUGGAUAUAUUUUUCUUGAUUUUGGUAACUUGGCACAUCCUCAUUGGUGUGGUGAAGCACGGGGUUUGGCGAGUCAAAAUUUGACCCGUUCACUGCAAUUAAGAGACCUCAUAUGAAGAUUGGACAAUUCCAAUUUUAUUGAUAAAUCAUAUGUAAAGCAUGUUCUCAGAAUUUAAGCCGUGCGAUUUUCAUCCAAUAAUAACCUAGAUUUCUUGAUUAGAGUGAUUGUACCAAAAAUUGAUUG